AGUGAGUGAGCGAGCAACUACGGAAAAAGAGGAAGAGAGUGACAGAGAGAGUGAAGGAGAGAAAGAAGGGAAAACGAGGAGAGGAAGGAAGGAAAGGGCUCAUCGCUCCUCAGGAUGGUUCAUCUUUCCGGCCUGUGUGGAUGACUGAGCUGCGACCAGACAUGCUGCUUCUCAUCGCCGUCAUUGGUUGCCUGACAGCUGCUAUCUCAGGCCAGACCACUCUGACCUCUCCUACCUUAUCUGAAAAACUGGACAAUGUCCGAAGCAUGGGAAACUUGACAUCAGAUAUUGGAAAGAAGCCUGUCCGUCUGGUGAAUAGGACUGGCCUUUGCAGUGGGACGGUGCAGGUCAAGAUGUCAGGGUCCUGGCAGCCUGUCUGUGAGGACUUCUGGAGCAACGAGGCCAGCCUCGCUGUCUGCAGGGAGCUGAAUUGUGUGGGGAUGGAGACAAUGGUGUCUACUGCGACUCCAGCCCCAGAGAGACCAGAGCACCUCCCUGUGGGGAACAGGACUGUGGUCCUCAAUGACACAUGGGACUCCCCUCUGCCUCUGCGCUGUGACCAGGGAGAUUGGGAAAGCUGCCAGGUACAGCCCUCUGUGUGCACCAGCGGGAGGUCAACCAAGGUCAACUGUUCAGAAGUCCACACCGCCGUGCGGCUGGUGGAUGGAGGUGAUCCUUGUGCAGGUCGGGUAGAGCUGAAGGACGAAGGCUCUUGGGGGACUGUAUGUGACGAUGCCUGGGACCUGAACGAUGCUAAUGUUGUAUGCAGGCAGCUGGGCUGUGGUCAGGCUGUCGAGGCCCUGGAGGGCUCAUACUUCCAGAAGGGCGAAGGGCCCAUCCACCUGGAUGAGGUGAACUGCUCUGGGAGCGAGCUCUCCCUGUGGGAGUGUCCUGCCCAGAGAAACCACGACUGCGGUCACAAGGAGGAUGCCAGCGUGAUUUGCUCAGGCUCUUGGACUUUCAAUACGUCACUGAUUCCCAAGACCUCCUCAAGACCUCAGUUACUCACAACAGCAUCCUUUGUGCCAAUUGGAAAGCAAAAGAAGGAGUCUUGGGAGCAGCUCCCCCUUAUCUUCUGCAUCAUCCUAGGAGUUCUCCUCCUGGCGUCGCUCAUCACUCUGACUUUCAUCUUUCUGAAGGCUAAAGGAAAGUAUGCCCUCCCAACCACGGAAAAUCAUAAUCAGCGGACAUCCACGGCCACCUUCGGAGGCAGCAAUAGCUACCAGGAGGUCUCUGUCAUCGUCCCCAAAGAGGAAGCACCCAAGCCCUCCCAGCAGGUGAAAGCCCCGCCCUCGAAGGACCCCGUCUCGGACUCUGACUCUGACUAUGAAUUCUACGAUUUCCACACCCAGCCCCCAGUGCCCCUCUCCACCUUCUAUAACUCCCAGAAGCACCGAGUGACUGAGGACAUGGCCCAGCAGAGCAGGUUCAGGAUGCCCCCACUGCAGGAGGAUGCUCCAGCGGCACUCCUCAGAGCUGCCCGAGGCACAGCAGCGAGUCCAGCACCUCUUCGGGGGAAGGUUACUGCAACAGUCCCACCAGCAAGCUGCCUCAGUCCAACUUCCGAGGCUUUUCUUCGGAGAGGAACAUUCUGGAGCCGCCUCCCAACCUGGAGCUGGCGGGGUCCCGGGCCACUCUGCCUGAUGUACGUCUCCUGGCUUCUCAGAACUGCCCGAGGCACAACAGCGAAUCCAGCACCUCUUCUGGGGAAGAUUACUGCAACAGUCCCACCAGCAAGCUGCCUCAGUCCAACUUCCAAGGCUUUUCUUCAGAGAGGAACAUUCUGGAGCCACCUCCCAACCUGGAGCUGGCUGGGUCCCGGGCCACUCUUCUUGGAAGCCACUCUAGAAUCGUUUCAGCAGGACCAGCGGCUGAGGACAGCUCCAGCACCUCCUCUGGGGAGUGCUACGAGAAUUUUGGCUCAUCUCAGGAGCCUCCCACCCUGCCUUUUGUGUGUCCAGAGCCACCUACCACAGCAGUCACGGGCAGUCAUGAAGAUGAUUCAUCUAGUGAAGAUUAUGAUGACAUCGGAGCUUCGUAGAGCAAGACCCAGAGAGAGAGAAGGAAGGAUACCUGUGGAUUCCUGCACCGCCGACCUCCCAUUCCUGCCUUCCUGCCUUCCCUCCUAGAUCAUCCAAAGCCACAAACCAUACAGAUUCAGAUCUGGGAAUCUACCACUUUGGAAAGAAAAUAUCCCAUUCCCUACCCUGAGCUAAACAGUGUCCACCCUGCAGUUCCUGAGCCUCAAACCAAUUAACAUCAGCUAAUAUGUCUUGACCCUUGUCCCCUGAUGAAUCUACCAACCUGUGCCUGUGCCUCUGGGUGGCGGGAGGAGAAUCCCAGGUCUGGAAGGAACCUCAGGCCCCAUCUGCUCACAGACUUCACCAAAAAUCCUUUCUGCAACAUUGCCAACAAAUGGUCAUGUAGCCUCCACUUGACAGUCUCCAGUGGGGGGAAACCUGCUACCUCCUGGGAUGGCUCAUUCCACUUUUGGACAGCUCAACUUGCUAUGAAGCUCCUCCAGACAUCAAGCCUCAAUCUGGCCCUCUGAACCCCUACCCCCACCCUUCCAUCACCAUUGCUCCUCAUUCCAUCCUCUGGAGCCAAGCAGAACAAUCCUUCCACCAUGUGACAUUGAAGGGAGUUUUCAUGUACUCUGUGUCUUCUUUUGUCAAAUGUAAAUACCCCAAGUUCCUUCAGUUAGUUCUCACAGGGCCCUCUUGCCCUUCUAACCCCCUCCCCUCGUGCUGGUGAACUGUCAACAUCCCCCUCAUUGACUAGGGAGGUCCUCAUUCUCAGGCUGGUUGCCUUCAAGUUGUCCCCAUAUGACAAGAUCUUGAUUUUGAAAAAGAGGACCUGGGGUUGGAUCCCGGCUCUGUUACUAUCUAUAGGCCCUUGGACAAGUCACUUCUCUCUGAGCCUCAGUCUUCUCAUUGAAAAAGGAGACUGAACUAGAUGAUCUAGAAUAUCCCUUUGAGCUUGAAAUCCUAUAAUGCAUUAUCGCUAAGAUGUUGACUGUUGCCCUCUGCCCAAGGCUUCCCAAGCCCUCCCUAUAAUAAUAAUACCUGCUAAGCACAGCAGAAGCCACAGCAUGAGCCAGACCUAUGGAAUUUCCUCAGGACACCAUCCCUGGGAAUCCCAGGAGGCACCAAUGGCUUCCAGUGGAGACCUUGUCUUGUAUCUGGAGAGAGACUGCUUCCCCACAGCACGCUGUCAGUUCCCCAGAAGCAGGGGCCAUGUGCUUGGGCCAGAGGAUAUAUUCAAGUGGAUGCCAAUGGAGGAAGGCUGAGACAGGAACUCACAAUUCCUUCCCAUCCUUCUCCAGAUGAGAUUUGCAGAGGUCAGUUUUAUUUUCCCGUUGGUAAAAAAAAAAAAAAAAAAAAAGAAUGUA